AAAAAAAAGACCAAAGGAGUGGGCGCCCUAUGUUCCUCAGAAUCUUUUUAAAACUCCUUGGUUUGCCCAGAAGAGCCUUGACCACCUGGAGGCUCGCAUCUGGGGCCUCGAUGUGCCUGUCACCCGGAGCUGUCUGCCAUCUAUGACGGGGCGGGCCACUUACUGUCACUCCUGGGAGAAGUGACCAGGCAGUGAAAGAAAUGAUGUCCCUUCCCUUUUGGAGCUCAUAAUACAGGAUCCUAUACGCAAGAAGCACCUUGGAAGUCAGGGCUGGGCAGGCAGGAGCCAGGAGAGUGGCUACAAUGACUUCAGGAAUCCUGGUGGACAUCCAAGAUGAAGUGACCUGCCCAAUCUGCCUGGAGCUCCUGACAGAACCCCUGAGCAUAGACUGUGGCCACAGCUUCUGCCAAGACUGCAUCACAGGGAGUAGCCAGGAGCUGGGCUUCUGCCAAGAAGAGGAGAGCAGCUGUCCCGUGUGCCAGACCAGCUACUGGCCUGGGAACCUGCGGCCCAAUCGGCACCUGGCCAACAUAGCGGAGAGGCUCAGAGAGGUGGUGCUGGGCUCGGGGAAGCAACUGCAGGUGACUGUAUGUGUACACCAUGGAGAGAAACUCCAGCUCUUCUGUAAGGAGGAUGGGAAGCUCAUUUGCUGGCUUUGCGAGCGGUCCCAGGAGCACUGUGGUCACCACACAUUCCUCGUGGAGGAGGUUGCCCAGGAGUACCAGGAGAAGUUCCAGGCGUCUCUGAAGAAGCUGAGGCAAGAGCAGCAGGAAGCUGAGAAAUUAACAGCUGUUAUCAGAGAGAAGAGGGCAUCCUGGAAGAAUCAGCUGGACCCUGAGAGACGCAGGAUCCAGAAGCAGUUUGAUCAGUUGAGAAGUGUCCUGGACAGAGAAGAGCAGCGGCAACUGAAGAAGCUGGAGGAGGAAAAGAAGAAGGGUCUGAGCAUCAUAGCAAAAGCUGAGGCUGAGCUGGUCCAGCAGAGCCAGUCCCUGAGAGAGCUCAUCUCAGACCUGGAGCGCCGGUGUCAGGGGUCAACAACGGAGCUGUUGCAGGAUGUGAGUGAUGUCACCAAAAGGAGUGAGUUCUGGACCCUGAAGAAGCCAGAAGCUCUCCCUACCAAGCUGAAGAGUGUGUUUCGAGCCCCAGAUCUGAAAAAGAUGCUGCGAGUGUUUAGAGAGCUGACAGAUGUCCAAAGCUACUGGGUGGACGUGACUCUGAAUCCACACACGGCUAACUUAAAUCUCGUCCUGUCCAAGAACCGGAGGCAGGUGAGAUUUGUGGGUGCUCAGGUGUCUGGGUCUCACCUGGAAGAGCAUUAUGGCUGUGGUGUCCUGGGUUCUCAGCACUUCUCCUCAGGGAAGCAUUACUGGGAAGUCGAUGUGACCAAGAAGACUGACUGGAUCCUGGGUGUGUGCAGUGAUUCUGCAGGACCCGCGUUUUCUUUCAGCCAGUUUGCCCACAGUCGGAAUGUGUACUCCCGAUAUCAACCUCAGAGUGGAUACUGGGUGAUCGGGUUACAUCAUAAACACGAAUACCGAGCCUACGAGGACUCGUCCACUUCCCUGCUCCUCUCCAUGACAGUGCGUCCCCGCCGUGUUGGGGUCUUCUUAGACUAUGAGGCUGGCACGGUCUCCUUUUAUAACGUCACCAACCAUGGCUUCCCCAUCUACACCUUCUCUAAAUAUUACUUUCCUACCACACUUUGUGCAUAUUUUAAUCCCUGCAACUGUGUAGUCCCGAUGACCCUGCGUCGCCCAAGUCCUUGAACUUUCUGCUGUUUGUACCUGCAUCCGAGCAGUAGCCUGUACUCUGGGGCUCACCUGCAUUUGUCUUUCCUUUUUUACUUUCCAUUUUCUUGGGUUAUCACUCCUUUCCCUUUGAACAUUUACUCAAUGCUAGAGUUGAGUAACCCAACAGUGAUAGUGAACAUCCUUGACUGAUUAAUUACAGAUCUUGAGAUGGGUGAGGGGACGCUUUCAACAGUUUACCAUUAAGCAUGGUGUUUGAUGGAGAUUUUUCUUUGCUGAGGCAUGGAAUCAAAUUUAGGAAGUUCUCUCCUAUUAAUUUGAUGUCAGUUUUUGUACUGAAUGGGAAAUUGAAGUUCAAUAGACGUUGUCUCUAAUUAUUGAGAUAAUCAGGUGUCAUCUUUAUUCUGUUAUUGGAGUACAUUGAUUUGUUUCAGUUUCUAAAUCCAAUACAGAUUUCUGAAAUAAACCACUACUGUUCAUGUGCAAUACUGGAUUCGUUUGUGCUAAUA